CUUAACUGCGUUGGGGAAAAGUCGCAUAUCGCGUAUGUAUAUCAAUGACAUCAACCAAGAGCUGGGGGUAAUUUACCACCACCCACUUGAAAGAGAGGUCAAUCAUUUACAAGGAUGUCAGAGUUUUCCAAAGUCUUUCGAAGUUUUAACUUUGAGUGACCUAAAACAUAAUUAUAGGUUUAUAAGUGCUUCCACUUCAGUUUACAAUACUGAUAUCACUGUGCUGUGCACAACUCCGCUCGCUUCGGAAUGUAGACGCAAAUACGUUGUCUCCACAAUGGAACUGCAAUCCGAACUGCUCAAGUCCAUCUGGUACGCGUUCACAUCGCUGGACAUGGAGAAAUGCGGCAAAGUAUCGAAGUCCCAGCUGAAGGUUCUCUCCCACAACCUGUACACGGUGUUGAACAUCCCUCACGACCCCGUGGCACUGGAGGAACACUUCCAAGACGAUGACGAUGGACCGGUGUCAAAACAUGGCUACAUGCCCUACCUCAACAAAUACAUACUGGCCAAGGUCAAAGAGGGUGCAUACGACAAGGAGACGUUUGACGACCUGUGCUGGAUGAUGACCAUGAAGAAAAACUACAGACCUACCAGUGGCCAGGGGGGGCUGCUGUGCUCCCUGAGAGACUGCUUCAAACUUUUCUGUCUCUUCAACCUGCUCUCGGAGGACCACUACCCACUCAUCAUGAUUCCACAGGAGGUGAGGGGGUUGGAGGGAGCUAUUCCAGACAGGGAUGGGAAGCGUUGUCUCUUUUGUGUGAAGACCACCAGCAAGACCUAUGAGAUGAGUGCCGCCGACCAGAGACAGAGGGUGGAAUGGACCCAAGCCUUGCAGACUGCCGUCCGUCUCCAGGGUGAGCGCAAGUCCUCCCUCCACCAGGAACUAAAGCUGAAGAGGCGGGUCCAGCGCGAGCAGAGUCAACAGGAGCGUAGCCUGAGCGCCAGCAGCAACCGCGGCAGACAAUCAGAAGAGCUUACCAUUCAAGACCUGGAGAAGGAAAAGGAACGGCAAGGACAGGAGAUAGAGAGUAUUAUUCAGCACCAGCGAGAGGUGGAGGCACGGCGCAGGGAGGAGGAGGAGAAAGAGAGGGAGCAACAGAAGGAGGUCCAGAGAGAGUUGGAGAGACAGCUAGAAGAGGCAGAGAAGUUGCGGGAGAGCAUGCAGGCUGAGAUGGCAGAGAAAGAAAAGGAGGCCGAGCAGCAGAGGAAGAGGAUCCAGGAGCUGGAGCUGACACAGCACAAACUGGAGGCUGCUCUCAACACAGAGAUACAGGCACACAUGGAGGAGGAGAGAGUCAGGCUGGAGCUAGAAGGYGUACUGCAGGCAGAGGAGGAGAAGAGCAGGCAGUGUCUGCUCCUCCAGGAGCAGCAGGAGGCAUCCCGCCACUUCAGCCCCARGGAGGAGGCCCCAAACYGAGCUAAGGAAGAGCGGCCGGCCCCCUCUGCCCUCCACUACGCCUCCCAGGAGCUCCAGAGCCUCCGAGAGACCCGAGAYAGGAGUCACCAGCACCUGGAGGUGAGAGAGAGGAGAUGAG